UCAUAAAUCCUGAAAUCUCUUUCAUUCGUGGACCUCUGGCUUUUGAAAUCUCUGAAAUCGCUGCGAUUUCGAAGGGAAAUUGAAGGGAUUUGGUGAGGUUUUCGUGAGAUCAAGGGAAUCUCAAGGGGGUUCUAGGGUUAGGGAUUCGAAUUCCGAUGUGAAUGAUCGUUUGAUUUGAUCGGAAAAUGGGUGUGGAUUACUACAAUAUAUUGAAGGUGAAUAGGAACGCCACCGACGAGGAUCUCAAGAAGUCUUACCGGCGAAUGGCGAUGCGGUGGCAUCCUGACAAGAAUCCGGAUAACAAGAAGGAGGCGGAGGCCAAAUUCAAGCAGAUCUCUGAGGCCUAUGAUGUCUUGAGUGAUGCACAAAAGAGAGCCAUAUAUGAUCAGUAUGGAGAAGAGGGCCUGAAGGGAAUGCCUCCCCCAGGUUCUGGAAGCAGUACCUCAUACACUAAUGGCCCAAGUGGUCCUGCGAACUUUCAUUUCAAUCCACGAAAUGCAGAAGACAUCUUUGCAGAGUUCUUUGGAGGCAGUGGUUUUGGGUUUGAACAUACUGGUCGUGCUAAGUCAAUGAGAUUUCAAACUGAUGGUAGGUUUGGUAGCCAUGAUAGCAGCAGUGCCUAUCGGACAUACAGUGAAGGUGUUGGUUCCGGGGGUAGCAGUCAGCCUAGGAAAGCACCACCUGUGGAAAGCAAGCUAGCAUGCAGUCUUGAGGAGUUGUUCACUGGAUCAACAAGGAAGAUGAAGAUAUCUAGAAACAUUCUGGGUGCUAAUGGGCGAUUGGUAUCAAAGUCAGAAAUCUUAACCAUUGAUGUGAAACCUGGGUGGAAGAAGGGGACCAAAAUUACAUUCCCUGAUAAAGGCAAUGAGCAAGUAAACCAACUCCCUGCAGACCUCAUCUUUGUUAUCGAUGAGAAACCUCACGAUGUGUAUAAAAGAGACGGUAAUGAUCUGGUGGUGCAUCAAAGGAUAUCUCUGGCAGAUGCCCUUGCAGGGACCACUAUGAACCUCAGAACCCUUGAUGGCCGUGAUCUAACAGUCCCGCUGACAGAAAUAGUAACUCCUAGUUACGAGAUUGUUAUCGCCAAGGAAGGAAUGCCGAUUGCAAAGGAGCAAGGGAAGAAAGGGAACCUGAGGAUAAAGUUCGAGGUGCAGUUCCCCACAAGGCUGACUGCUGAACAAAGGACAGCGAUCCGACGCAUCUUGGGAGGUUAAGUAGAAGCUGUAAAGUUCACAGAGUAAUACUUGUGCAUCUAAUUCAGCAAUAAUCACUCUUUAUUUUUA